AUGGUGGGGUGUGCAAUUUGUAAACAUUAUUCGUCAGGACAUCCGUGUUCAUUUUUUAAAUUACCUGCAGAUAAACUAAUUAGAGCAAAAUGGCUUCAAAUUAUUGGCACAGAAAUUUGUAAAACUCGUAAAGAUGUAAGAGUAUGCGCUUGCCAUUUCGUUGACGGUGAGAAAAAAAAUUUACCCACGUUAAAUAUUAAAUCGAUAAAAUCUCCAAAUCACGAAAAUAUAAUUACUUCAUUGACAAGAGGCGUUAUUAAACCAGAACCAGUAUUUAUUGCUGUUGAAGAUUAUAACAGUGAAAUCAAUGCAGAAUCAGUUUUUACUGCUGAUAAGGAUGGAGAAACUGAGACAAAUUCCGUGCCAGAAUCAAUUGAUCCUAGUGACACAUCUUAUAUUAUGUGUCGUCUUUGUGGUCUCGUUGGAUCCAAUCGUUUUUCAUUAGCAGGAACGAUAUCCGAAAAAUUAAAUUUACUCUGCCAUUUGAAACAUUAUUUAGACAUCGAUGUAUUUGACGAAGAAGAUUUACCGUUACAUGUGUGCACAUUGUGUUCACAAAAUAUAAUUGCAUUUUAUAAAUUUCACGAACGUGUUAAAACUGCUACAAAUCAAUUGCAAGCAAUAGUUAAUAAAAUCGUAUUGAAUCCACAAUUAACUCGGAAGAGUCUACCUUGGUAUGCAGAUAAUAUUCUUGCAACAGCUACCGCAACAAAUGGAUAUAGUACUAAAAAACAUUUGCGACAGUUAGAAGAUAAUGAUAAAGGUAAAACCCAAGCUGCUUCAACACAAGUCUCAACAAACAUAACAAAACUGUUGGAAAAUAAAGCUAGAAAUAAUGAAAUAAAAACAGAAUUAAUUGUAGAAGAAUUUAUCAUUAAAGAAGAAAAUGCUGAAGAUACAAAUGACGGUGUAAAUAGUGAAAAUUGGGCAUCUUUGGAAUCUGAUCCAACAAUCGAAUCUAUACCAAAAUUAACUCCACAAACUGAUAAAAUUCAAGCAGAAUCACUACUAGAUUUGGCAAAACUACCAAUCAUGACUCCAAAACCAAUCACAGUAAAUAACACUAUUGUAAUAUUAAAUUCGCCUAUUACUGAUGCAAUACCCUUGCAAAAUGAUUCACAGCUUGGUAAAACACAAUUAGUUUUGGCAAAACCACCACCCACGACUCUAAAAGAACUAAUAAUAGUAAAUAAUCCAAUUUCAUUAUUAAAAUCACCCGUUACUGGCGAAAAACUUUUGCAAAAUGAUUCACAAAUUUUUCCAACAACUUUGGAAAAGAAUUUAGAUAUACAUCCACCGAAUAGUGAAGAAGUUCAAGAAGUGGAAUAUAUCUGUAAUAUUUGUGAUCAGUUUGGUUUCACAUAA